CACGAGCAAGAUUCUGAUUUAUUUAAACCAGCAAUAUUAUAAUAUAGUGAAACAAACCUGAUCUAAUCUCAAACAACGUUUUGAUCCUGAACGCUCCCUGAAGGUGUGCGAGCAGGAAGUAGCUCCAGCGGCCGGAUGUUCUGUGAGAAGACAGGAACAACAAAGAGCAGAAAGUACCCCGGUUUUAAACCUACUUCAGAACACGUAAGAACACUAAAGCGGGGAAAUUAACUGUUCACAGUAGAAAUUGGUUUGCAUGUGAGGACAAGUGUCGGCCGAGCCAACCAUGGCGAACAAUGCAGAGGAUAUAGAAAACAAUAUGGACCAACAGGAGACCAAUGUUGCCACUGGACCCACCCAGCAGCCGCAGGACGCUGCGGUGGCCAGAGCACGGUCCAGAGGAGGUUCAGGAGCUGGAGGAGGAGGGGGUGAUGGUGGAGGUGGUAAUGGCAAUGGUAGUGGACCGGAGCAGAACGGACAGCCCCCCGUCGCUCGGCCUCCACGUUUGGUGGAGACUGAGGAGGAAGAGGACGAAGAGUUGACCCUGAAAUAUGGGGCCAAGCACGUCAUCAUGCUGUUUGUUCCUGUGACCCUCUGCAUGGUGGUCGUCGUUGCAACCAUAAAGUCUGUCAGCUUCUACACGCAGAAUGACGGGCAGAGACUGAUCUACACGCCGUUCCCUGAAGACACAGACACAGUAGGGCAGAGAGCCCUCAACUCCAUCCUGAACGCCACCAUCAUGAACACUGUGAUCAUCGUCAUGACUUUGGUGCUGGUGCUGUUAUACAAGAACCGCUGCUACAAGGUGAUCCAAGGAUGGCUCAUCCUCUCCUCCCUGCUCCUGCUGUUCUUCUUCUCCUACAUCUACCUCAAAGAGGUUUUCAAGACCUACAAUGUGGCCAUGGACUUCUUUACCCUGGCAAUAAUAAUUUGGAACUUCGGAGUGGUCGGCAUGAUGUGUAUUCAUUGGAAAGGACCGCUGCGGCUCCAGCAGGCCUACCUCAUCAUGAUCAGUGCCCUCAUGGCCCUGGUUUUCAUUAAGUACCUGCCAGAGUGGACCGCCUGGCUCAUAUUAGCCGUCAUAUCUGUCUACGAUCUGUUAGCGGUGCUCUGUCCCAAAGGGCCUCUGAGGAUCCUGGUGGAGACGGCUCAGGAGAGGAACGAACCCAUCUUCCCAGCUCUCAUCUACUCUUCUACAAUGGUGUGGCUCGUCAACAUGGCCGACACUGACAGGCCAAAAAGGAACUCGACAGAAGCAGCAUCACCUCAACAAGAGGCUCAAGAAGCUGUGGCGUCCCCAGCUCCCUCCAGUCUGUCACAGGACGACGGAGGCUUCACCUCCUCCUGGGUCAACCAGCAGGAGCAUCAGCUGGGGCCGAUCCAGUCCACCGAGGAGACCAGACGGGAGAUCCAGCAGAUGCCCUCUGCUCGUCCUCCCGUUGAAGACGAUGAUGAGGAGAGGGGCGUCAAGCUGGGGCUCGGAGACUUCAUCUUCUACAGCAUGCUUGUUGGAAAGGCCUCUGCCACAGCCAGUGGCGACUGGAACACCACGCUCGCCUGCUUCGUAGCCAUCCUCAUUGGCCUGUGUCUGACCCUACUCCUCCUCGCCAUCUUCAAGAAAGCACUUCCCGCUCUGCCCAUCUCCAUUUUUUUUGGCCUGGUCUUCUACUUCGCCACAGACAACUUGGUACAGCCCUUCAUGGACAAGCUGGCGCUACACCAGUUCUACAUUUAGCAGGAUGCUGCCCUCAUAACCCUCACCCACAUAGCCCUCCUUCCAACAACACAAGAGCGGUCCCUUCACAGCCGGGGAACAAAGGGUGAUGCAGGGGCCCCUCCCGCUCCCACAUCCCCUCCUAAGAACUCAUCGUGACGAGACACAAGUUGUUUUUGCUCUGCAUUUUUUCCAGCGCCAACGGAGGGUUAUUCCUCAUGACAGCUGUUCUCAAAGUAUUUUAUUUCUGUUUUUAAACCAAGAAGUGACAUUUCUCGCUCGACUUGGGACCUUUUCUUCAGAUUGGCGUUCACAGGUCUCAGGUUCAAUCAAAGUUAGCGGGAAUUUUUUUAUUUUAUUUAUCCAGGGAAGCUUUACAAGAGGUCAUCUGCUCCUUUUCAGUAGAGCCCUGUUUCACAUUCAUACCUGGUACAACCCUGUACAACAACAGUCUUCUACAACUGGGGCUUUACAGAAGGUGCCUUGCUCAGGGACACCUUGGCGGUAGCUGUUGAGCGGAGGGAGACAGUUCCAUUACAGUUCCAUUAAACUUUCAUCAAACAUCUUCAUUUUUAUGGCUUGUCAGCUACCACCACCCCCAAAACUAAACCCACGAUUAAAAAAGCCUUCAUCAAACUAAUGGACCCCUCUAUGAUGAUAUUGAUAGUAGAUGGUAAGUGUGUAGUUUGAUUGUGUCAGUCACCAGAUGUGCUUUCAUCACUGCUGUUAAGAAUGGUUAAGAUGUGUUUCUUUCCUUUGUUUUCCACUUUAGACACACGAAAACCAAAGCUCUGAACCUGGAGCGAUUUACACUUAACAGGAUGCAUUGAGCAUGUGAAUCUUUCUCACUGGGAAAGUAGAAGAACUUAUUGUCUUUAGAAUUAAAAUAUCAGUAUAAUUGUGACACUGACUCAUCAGAGAUUUCACCAUGUUUUCUGCCCUUAUUUUGACCUUAAAUGACAUUUGAAUUCACUGCCUGCAGAGGGAGGAAAGUUCACGCGCACACUGACACACUCACACCUGAGAAUUGUCUGCCAUGUCAUGUACUGUCAGCCACUGAGCAGUUCUGCUGGAGCAGUUGGAGGUUCAGUGCCUUGCUCAAGGGCAUUUUGGUAAUAGUUGGUGGUGGUGGUGGUGUUAUUGUGGGACAGAAAUGUGCAUUCAUUUACUUCCCUGGCUAAUAUUUGAGUUAGUUUUUCCAACCUGUCCUGUGAUUGUAAGAUGUGAUCAUCUGGUCACAAACUCUGAACCUUUAGGCUAUAGCUGCCCUCAUGAUGCUCGCCUGGUGCUGUCUGGAACUAUGCUACGUUAAAUACUAAAAUUAUUUAGACUCUACACAGAUACUGUUCUUCAAUAUGCAGAAGAGAAACUUUAUACUUUUUGAAACAUGAGGGUAAAUGUUAGCUGGGUUCCUGCACAGAUCAGAGCAAUCUGGGAAAGUGUGAAAACUCUUUGCUUGUGUUUACUGAAGAAAAAACAUUCAUUGAAUGAGGGAUUUGCAGCUCUAUUUUAAUUUGAUACUUGAAUUUGUGAAACUUUUUGGAAAACAUGAUCUCCUGUUGCCAAGCAUGGUUUGCUUACCUCGCUAUUUUAAUCAUGUCAACCAAACGUUUAAAUCAAGGUGAAAAAUAAAUAAGAUAAUGGACUGGUAUGAAACAUUGAGAUAUGUAUGAACCCAAACUCUGUGGCUUCUGAUAAUGACUGAAAGAUGAGGAAGAGCUGCACUGAUUGCUCUUUUAUUGUUGUUGCACUCAAGUUUCAUGCUUGCAGAGAAGAAACCCAAGAGGGAACAAUACAGUAAUAUUUGUUUCUUAGUCUGUUUUUUUUCUCCUUCCCUUUUUGUUUUAAGGGAAUACAUUGGGUGACUGGCUUUUUUUGUCCUCCACAGGCAUAUGUGUGUUAUGCAAGGUUAUUCAGUUCAGAUUUUGUUUUUUAAUAAAUAAUUAAACUUAAAA